UCUUGGCGGCGUCACAGUGCAAGGAAGGUUGCGCGGGGGCUCAGGCUACAGCCAAGCUGGUUUCUUUUCAGUGUUGUUUUUUUAUUUUAUAUGUAGUUUCCUUAAAGAAUCGCAGAAUCAGAGAUGUUGGAAGAGACCUCUGGGGAUCAUCUAGCCCAGCCUUUACUAAGGCAGGUUCCCCACAGCAGGUUGCUCUGCUCGUUGGUUGGGAUAAUUAAAUUGAUAUGCAAAAAAGCUAAUGGCGCUAAGAAGUUUUGGGACUUUAUGAGGACACAUGACAGCGUGUCAAUCCUGAUCUUCAAUACUUCUCGGCAGUGCUUUGUAGUGGUGAAGCAGUUCCGCCCAGCUGUUUACAUGUGUGAAGUAGAAAGGCAACAUCCUCAGCUCUUCCAGAACCAGGACAAGGAAAGUUUCUCCCGCCUGGAGGAUCCCUUACCUGCAGUGGUAGGAGUGACUUAUGAACUCUGUGCUGGCAUCGUAGACAAGCCACACCUUUCUUUAGAAGAAAUUGCCUGUGAGGAGAUCUUAGAAGAGUGUGGCUAUCGUGUUCCUGUUACAAACCUAAAGAAGAUCACUUCUUACAGGUCUGGAGUAGGUGUGACAGGUUCCAGGCAGACAUUGUUUUAUGCAGAAGUAACAGACCAGAUGAGAACGAGUGAAGGAGGUGGCCAACCUGAGGAAGGAGAGCUGAUUGAAGUUGUAGAGAUACCUUUAGAAGACUCCAUGAAGUUUGCUUAUGAUGAGACUUUUCCCAAGACGAUGGGUGUCAUUUUCAGCUUCACGUGGUUCCAAAAUAACAUAGCACCCAAGCUACCAAAAAAAUAAUACAAAAGCACCCUGAUUUCAAGAGAAGAUCUCCUGCUGGAAAACUGCAAGUCUGCCUGCCUUCAUCAACUCACCUUGCUACAGUUUUCAAAUCAUUCUCACUAUAAAUUUGGAAUUAAAAUCCGAAGUAAAAUCUGAAGUAAUCCAUCAUUAGCAAAAAUCUGAUGAGCUGCACUGGGGCCAGCAUUUGUCUCUGGGAGUCAAGUAUUAAUUCUCAGUCAAAGGCUAAGGAGAUGUGCCUGGUUCUCCUUUUUCAUGGCACUGCUCUACCACUGUUUUGAAGAGAUGCUCAGGGCCACGGUGCAGCUGCUAUGCCAGCCUGUUGCUGUUGGCUGUACAUACUGGCAGCUGUGUAUUCACUGGAGCUGUGUAUUCACUGUUUGUCCUAAUAUUUUGGGGAAGGCAGCACAGCUUCGUAGUGACAGAUAUCCUAACUAUGUUGUUGAGUUUUGCACAGCUUUCAGGGAACAGCUUUCUCUGUGUAGCUCCUGUACCAGAGAAAAUGCUUGCGUUUCUGAACAUGCAGACCUUUAUUUCAUAAGCAAACAUGUCUGUAAAUCCUUUUGCUAACAUGUCAUUCUGACAAUAGACCAGCUGUAAGGCUGCCUACUUCUGUUUGCUCUCAGCAGAACGCUGAGCAGCAGUGGUGGGGGUGAGUGAUGGGGGGUUUCUACGGGAACACAUGCUUCUUUGUUUGUCUUAUGGAUAGUACUUGCUUAAUUAGAUCAAACUUUGUCCUCUAGAGCAGGACCUGAGAGGCCAAAUUCUUCUCAUUUGACUCCAAGGUGACUAACACAAGUGAUUUCUCUGUCGUCUCAGAUUCCUUAUCACCAAAAUGUGUAGAGUGGGACUUUCCCCUCCAAUAACACUCCUUUGAAUCCAGCAAUCAGAAGUGCUUUAAUGAGAGACUUUAUCAUCAUUUGUGCAGUUUACACUGAAGGCCAUGCAGCUUGCACAGACAUACUGAGCAGCACAAUUUGAUUUAAUAAAGUGGUCUAAUUGAAAUGUAUAUUAUUCUGCCAGCAUGAUUUAGAUGUGGACUGUUUGUCACGUGAAACUGUUAAUAGCAUGAAUGAGAGAGAAUCAAGUCAGGACAUUUAAUUACAGAGUUGUUUAUGUUAUUCACUGAGUUAGUGUUAAUUAAGAUGUCUGCAUUAUCUGUACUUGUAGGGCUGUGGAGGUAUGAAGUAUUUUUAGAAGACGAGUAGAGGGAAUGUGCAAAUUUUCACAUAGCAGCUGGAAUAAAUGCGGUAGGGAAGUGAUUUGAAAUAGCUGCAGAUCUAAAGAGGUGCUUAAUAAAUUAAUAUAAAUAAAAAGCCUUUAAAACUGGUGCUCGCCUCUUGUGCUGACGGGAGGAAAGCUCAUUGAAAAGCGACUGGAGAGAGCAGUGGCAGCCUGUGGAGUUGGACACCUCUCAUCAGAGUUCAGCACAGUUGCAUUGAGUUGUGCCUGUGGACAGUCGAGGGCUGAAUAAUCAUGAAAAGUAAAUAAAUUUUGUCUGUCUGAUAUAUUUACAUUGGAAGAUGUUUUAGGGCAUGGUCUCCAUUGUUGUGCAUCGUUACAGUGCUCAGUAUGUGUCCUAUUGCUGCUGUAGCCUUCAAAACUGAAUAAAAUAUGAGUUAUUAAUAGUG